AUGGACGAAUUUCGACUAUGUCUACUCUUCUUUCUACUUUUCGUUGCUGUUGCCAAAUGCAAGUACACUAAUGGUUGGCCUAAAAGUAAACCAUUUGGAGCAAGUCAGACCAAUUGGACUGGAAAUUGGUCCGGUGUGAUUGAAGCCUAUCCAGAAGGUGAAAUGGGUGCCGGCUGGACUAAGACAUUGGAGAUUGGAGACUAUCCAAUGGCGAAUUACAGUUGUACAACCUUACGAGGUAUCAUGAAAGAGAAUGACACAGUUCGGAUUACGAAAGACUAUCGUUUAUGUCGAGGACGUGGUGCCGAUGAUCUGUAUAUCGAUCAAGGUGAUGCAACCUUGGCGGUACAAUGGAUGAAUGACGUACUUGUGGCACCAUUUAAAUUCAACGGUGUAUUUGCUGUUUCCAGAUUGCGAAUGCGUGGAGAUAUUCUUGAAGAAGAAAUUGUGAUUACUGAUGAUACUCCUGCAGUUAAAAACGUCUUGGUAUCUGUUCGAGCACGCAGUCUUCAUUUGAUACAAAUGAGACGAAUAUCAGCUUCUAACAUCGGACGAAACCUUUUUCCACUACAUCUUCUCUGUUAUAUUGGGACAUUUUUAGUCAAAUUUGCUUUUGAUUAG